UCCACUCCGAAUUUCACCAGCUCACAAUCCCUUAAGCGAAUCGACAUGAAGAUCUACAUUCUCGCAGUGCUUUUGGGUGUGGUUUGCUUUGCAUCCGCUCAGCAGAACCCAACUGGAUGGAACUACAAUCCUUACCUCUACUUCCCUUAUUCCGCUCUCCAGCCACCAGCACAGGAGACGGCGGAAGUAGCCGCCGCAAGGGCUUCACACUUGGCCGCUCACGCUGCUGCCGCUCGUGGACGACGAUCGAUUCCCGACAGUCCCGAAGUCUGGGCCGCUAAAGUCGAACAUUACCGCGCCUACGCUGCUGCCUCCGCUGCCAACGGUGUCGUUUCCAGCCUCCCAACUCUGUACACCAACGAAGUUGCUGCUGCUCGCGCCGCUCACUUUGCCGCUCACGCCGCUGCCGCCGCUCGCGGUAAACGAUCCGUCGCAGAUGCCCCCGAUGUGGCCGCUGCCAAACUCGAACAUAUCCGCGCUCACGCCGCCGCUGCCGCCGCUAAUGGAGUCGUUUCCAGCCUUCGCCAUUUGGAACCCGUUGCCGUUUGGGGACCCCCACAGCCCGUCCAGGACACUCCCGAAGUCGCUGCUGCCCGUGCUGCUCACAUGGCCGCUCUUGCUGCCGCCCGCGGUAAACGAUCCGUUCAAGACACUCCCGAAGUGAUGGCCGCCACCAUCGAGCAUUACCGCGCCUACAACGCCGCCGCAACCGCCAACGGAUUUCCCAUGACUUUACUCCCGGCCCGUUAUGCCAACAUGCCGUUCGGUAUGCCCCAACCCGUUCAGGAAACUGCCGAGGUCGCCGCUGCCCGUCGCGCUCACAUGGCCGCUCUCGCUCACGCCACUGCCCGAGGUUAAACAACAUCAAACAGAUCUGAAACAUGUCUAUAGAUAUGGCUGUGCCAGCUAUCAGUCGCAAUGUACACCUGAAUUAUCUUAAUUUCAAAUGUCAACAAAAAUAAACCGAACGCUUCUUUUCAUAAAAUGGACGUAGAUGUUUUCAAUAAGAAAUUCUGACAACUAACCACAAUUCUGAGAUAAGACUCAUACAAUAAAGGGUGUUAACUGUUAAGUGAAGUAGAAUUUUAUACAAAAGGAGAAUAUGACCAGAGCAUUACCAAUUUGCCAUCAAUCUUUUUACCAUUUCUACAUAUCUCUUUACUUUUACUGCAGCGAGCCAGCAACCUGACGAACGCGUUAAUUAUUAAUUAGUGAGCAUUUCGUUUGCAAUAACCAGCAAUAACCACAUAAUCUUGAAAAAUAAAUUGGAAUUAAAAAAAAAAAAGAGGUUAAUAAAAUGAUCAUCAAGGCCCUAAUUAUUGUUCAAAGUCACCAACACAAAACUGAAUCGUUACAGAAUACACACCCACAAUUAUAAAUUACACGUUGAUUCAGUUGAUUGCGUUACACAUCAAAAUUAAACCUUAUGAUGUAGGGCCUUAAUCACAAUACUUUUACUGUUUCAUCGUAUUGAAUUUUGAUUCACUUACCUGGUUCUGGUGGUCUGGUGCUGUGGGACUUAUUUUGGUAGAAAUACUGCUCCAAGACGAAACUCUUCUUGGCCAGAUCGGACGGUUCCAGAAACUCAAAUCUUUUAGAUUACAAAAGAAAGUAAUGAUCAAUAAAGAUCACUUCGUGUGGCUUAGAAUUAUGAGAAACGACCAUUUCAACAACACAACCGAUUCACAUCAAAAGUCGACAACGACACUAACAUGGCCGCUCUCGCUGCUGCCCGAGGUUAAAUAGCAUCACAGAUCUGAUAUUGUAAAAUGUCUGUGUCAGCUAGUCACAAGGUCACAAGUAACACACCUGAAUUAUCUUUCCAAUACCGAUUCAUUUCGAAAUUGAACAAUGAUAAACCGAACUUCUUUUC